GGAAUUGCAAGAAAACAAAGUUUCGAAGUUAAAGUUAAUGUUAGCACUAGCACACGUAUUGUUAGUUUAAAAUUAGAUGAAUUCGACAUCGUAGUUCCCAAAGCAGUAGACGAAGGCGAAGCAUAGUUAUUUCCUAUUCCGCACCUCGCGCAACUUUCGAUCCGAAUUGCGACGGUGCGAAAAUCUACGAAUCAUUGAACACACACAUAAUAUGGAAGCACAGCUUUUCGCAUUAAUAUCUGCGGCCUGUGCUGGAAGAAACAACAAUAACAAUCCCAAAAUGCUGUACGAUUUGAGCCUUAAGGCAGUGGUUGGUAGCAUGGACACCAGUGUGCCCUCCCUGGACCGCAUCCACAAGCUACGCGAGCUGCCGCGUAGCGUACUCAUUGAUGUUUACGAUUUGAUGUCACAGUGCGAGCCACUAAAAGAUACUCUACUCGAAGAGCUAUCUGAUUUAGAUGUGUUCAGGCGUCUCAUACGCCACACCCCGGCACGCUCCAAAUUGCUGCGCAUUAUAGCCGCUCUCAUGGCCAGCAAGAAGAUGCUGUCGCGUCGACUGAGCGAGGCAUAUGUGGCCCAAUAUGCACUGCAGGCGCAGUUGCAAGAAAAUGAGGAUGAGGAGAAACCCGAGGAAGAGGGACAGAAGCUGGACCCUCCCCCACAACAGCCAGGUAUGAAGGCUAUAGCCGAAGCUAAGGACAAGGCCUUGAUAAUGCAGCGACAGCUAAAACAUCUCAUGCUGGCCACAGAGUACAGUAAAAUGCAAGUAGUUGACGAUGACAAUGUGGCCGGCACAAGUGCCAGUUGCAGUCGCUGGAACGCCCCAAGCAAUAUCUACGUCAACGAUGUAUUGCGUCCAGUUAAAUCUGCUACUAUUGUCGAUGCCAAUGCCGUUGCCAAUGUCAACGGUGAUUCCGAAGAAGACUCGAUGCCGGAAGUACCGCCUGAUGACGAAGGCGAGAUUAUUGAUUUUGGUCUGCGUCUGGGCUCGUUUCUUUCCGAAGCUGGCUGGAUGCAGGAGAGCAUUGCGGUGUUGGAGUGCCUCAACGAAAGACUCAAGCGGAUGAAGCCAUUCAGGAAUAUAGUUAUCGUACGCAUUGAUUGCUUGCAGCGCUUGCUCUUUGCCGAGUCCGCCCAUUGCAACUUUAAGAUGGCGCAACUGACCCUUGAUGAGCUCAUGGAACUGAAUCGCAACUGUAACAGUGUGUUACCAGCGUCCUUAAUAGCCAUGACCUACACACAAAUCUCGGCCAUGCACUUUGCGCGCAACGAAUACGAUAACAGCCAUAUGUGGAGUGUACUGGCCAUGCGCUACCUUAAGACCUUUGCCCCCGCACGCGUUAUAAUCGAUGUUCUGCGUCAGGCCGCCAAGGCAUGUGUGGUCAAGCGCGACUUUGCCCGCGCCAAUUUGCUCAUCUGCCAGGCUGUGCGACGUGCACGCGAACACUUUGGACGCAAGCAUCAGAAAUAUGGCGAUGCACUGCUGGACUAUGGUUUCUUUUUGCUGAAUGUAGACUCGGUGUUCCAAUCGGUCAACGUGUACAAGGAAGCGCUGGCUGUGCGUCGCGGCAUUUUUGGCAACAUGAACUUCCAUGUGGCGAUUGCGCACGAGGAUCUCUCGUAUGCAUACUAUGUGCACGAAUAUAGUACCGGGAACUUCACCUGUGCCCAGGAUCACGUGGACAAGGCUGUGGAGAUUAUGAAGAAUAUAGUGCCAAGCAAUCAUCUGAUAUUGGCCUCAGCCAAGCGCGUCAAAGCGCUGUUGCUUGAGGAAAUUGCACUAGAUAAAAUGGCUGAUGGCAUGGAUGAGGAGGAUCUAUUGCACCAAUCGGAGGAGUUACACAAUUUUGCACUGCAGCUUUCCCUUGAGGUUUUCGGCGAAGUGAACGUGCAGACUGCCAAGCAUUAUGGCAAUCUGGGACGACUCUACCAGACCAUGAAUCGUUUUGAUGAAGCAGAGCGUAUGCAUCAGAAGGCCAUUAAAAUAAAAACGGACUUGCUAGGUCCCUACGAUUACGAGGUGGGCUUGUCUAUUGGCCACUUGGCCUCGCUCUAUAACUAUCAGAUGAAGAAAUAUAGCCAGGCUGAGGAUCUCUACCUACGCAGCAUUGACAUAAGCUUGCGUCUGUAUGGACGCUCGUACUCCGGCUUGGAGUAUGACUAUUUGGGACUCUGCCAUGUCUACGAGACAGUGCACGAUUUUGAGAAAUAUUUGCGCUAUGCCCAAAUCCUAGAAAAUUGGCACAUGCUGCGCGGCCAAAACAUUACCCAAAAUAAGACAAGCUAUCCGGCCAUUGAGGAGGAUUACACUAUUGAUGAAGUCAAGACAAAGUUCUUUACCAUUAACAACAAGUGGACCACCGGCUUGGUCCACAGUCCGAACGGGCAAACCGGGUCGACCGGGUCGGGCGAUCCAACAUCGGAGUCGGCUGCCCCCUCUAUCGGCGUCAACUAAAUCCUAUGUUUUCCCUGUCCAAUAACACGAAAAUCGCACAUCGCCCAGAGACGGCGCACCACACAUACAAAUAUAGUUUAGUUACUAAGUUAUUCAAAAAAUCCGUUUAGUUAACAAUUACAAAAUGCUUAGCAGAAAUCGUAAGGAAUUACCACACUUAAGAAAUUGGUACAGAUAGUUAAGUAUGUGUAUAUCUACCAUAAUGAAGUUGAUUUCAGAGCAGAGGAUUUUUGUCUUACGAGUAGAUCAAGAGAAUACUGCUACUCUUUUAUGUUAUAUAUCCCUUCCCCACUUCAGCAAUAUUGUACAUUCUUCCAUUUUUCCCGAAUACCAUUUUAGGUGCAUAUUCAACAUUUCAGUCUAUACAUUUUUUUUUUAGCUUAGUGUGUUCUUUAUUUCAAACCCAAAUCAGGGUCCUAUACUUGUAUUUUCAACGUUGUUUAAAAGUCGAGUCUAUAAAUUCAUGUUCUUUUCUUGAAAUUCACAUUUUCAUUUCUUUUUGGUGGUUUAAAUUUUCAUUAUAAUUGAAUAGUCGAUAACUGAAUCUCAAACAAAUUUGACCUAUUAAUGUAAAUGUUGCACAGCGCUCACUGCUCUCGCUGAUGUUUUACAUAAAAGUAUAUACUUAUAUAAUAAUAAAAACAAAAACAAUUAUCAUAUCCACACACGUCCAAGCAGCAAGAGAUGGCUGACUAAUAAGGAAGGAAGCUUACAGCUUAAGGCUUUGCUUAUUUUCAUAUUUUUUGUAUUAAGUUGCGUUCAAAAUUGGUCAAAGUUGAUUUAUUGUUGUUUAAACCUUACAUACCUUAUGAAUUGGAAAAGAAAACGUACAUAUAUAGAAAAUGGUGCCGCAGAUGAAAAUUUAAACUUUUUAUAACUAUAUGUUUUAAAAUUGAAAACAUUUCUGUUUGACCUAAAAACAUACAAACAAUGUAUGUAAUCUUUGUAUUUUUUUUCGUUUGUAUAUAGCUAUGAAUUUUGAUUGUAAGUUUGUUGUAUAUAGAUAUAUAGUAUAUUUUUUAAAACAUUCAUUUGGAAUUAGUUUGCUUGCGUACGCCGAUAUCAUGUUUUGUGGCAAUUUUUUAAAUUUUUUUAUAGAUCCAGAUUAUGUUGAAAUUAUAUGAGACGAUAACUGCAUGAAGUCGGUUAUAAAUUAUUUUCCCCUACCAACUCAACAAUGUUCAAUAUCUUUAGUUGUAAUGCUUAGCACUUAAUUGAAUUGUCUAACAUAAUACGUUUAUGUGAUGAAAAUGACGAUUUAAGUUUCUUUAGAUAUUUUGUUCAUAUGUAAAAAAAAGAAAAACUCGCCAAAAAACACAAAAACAAGAAAAGCAAAAAAAAAAAAGAAUUGGUGGCCAAAGCGAGAGAAGAAGAUAUAAGAUGGGGCCGUCCAACGACCAGUUGUUAAAUCUUAGCACUAUUUUUUGUUUAAACAAAAUUAAACAAUUGCACGAAGCGAGAAGCAGCAAUCUAAAUACGUAAACAGCAUAAAUAGCAUUUGCCUGCAAGAAGUCGUCUCGGGCAUAUGCAGAACUAUAUUGUCAAAUACUAUAGAAGAUAAAUAAAUGUAAACAAAACGAAAAA